AGGCGAAGGCGAGUUAGCGAUAUAGAGCGGGUGUCUCGCUCUCGAAAUCGCGGAAAGUACGCGUGACGUCGGCGUCACUUUUACCCGCUCCCAUCGGCGUACGUAUACCUUCGGUGCGAGUGUACUCGACGCCUCGUGACCUCGAUACACCUGUCAACGUCGCGACGUUGACAGCGACGGCAUGACACGAGACACGCGAAAAGCGUGCUCCAGACCGCUGGACGGCUCUUUUUCUCCAGCCAAAAACGAACGCGGCCAUCGGCAAUCAUGCGCGUGACCAAUCGCGCAAACGCCGGCUACGGAUACGAUAUUGCCAUAUUUGACAAGUAUGUUAUCGUAAAAGCGUGCACUUACCGUGAACGGCUAGUCCCGCUCGCAGCACGGACGAUGGCACUCGACGAACACGGCGAGGACGACAUCACCCACGUACCAUACCGGACCGGCCAUAUUGUUUACUGAAGAGAUAUUCGACACAACUGCCUGAGCUCGCGCUGUGUCGCCUCUGGCAAACGAACGAUCGUAGCGCCAUCUUGUGGAUAGCGAGAAAUCAAUAUCGAUAGAUUAAUCUCGUGCGCGUGAUAUUAUCACGUGACGAUAAGAUAUUGUUGAACAUCGAUGAUGAUAAUGAUUUGGAUUAAUUAUCCGUCGAGUAAAACUCUUGAUAAAAACUUGCACAUGCGCUUUUCAUAAUCAUACUUUGCAGCCGUUUGUCACGUGUAGAUUCUGUUGAAAGGUUUUUAAUACAAUGGGAAAAGUUGACAUAGUUUCGCAGGAAAAGAAACCAUCUACUGCAUUAAAAAAAACACAGUCCAAGAGGCGAAGAAAAAGAAAAAGUAAUAAAGUAUUAUUAAAUGGUAUACAUAAAAGUGAGUUAACGAAAUCAAAUACAUCUAAUGAAAUAUAUACAUUUAAAAAAAAUAUACGAAAUAGGAAAAAGAAAAAGGAUGAUUCUAAGAACAAACCUGUUGCAAAAAAUAUAGAAAAAACAAAUCCAAAAGAUGAUAAUAAAAUAAAGGUAUUUCAAAAAGCACAAACUAAUCUAGAUAGUAAAAUAAAACACAAAAAGAGAAAUCAGAGACAAAAUCAGGGUAUGAAAUCUAAUCAGAUAAAAAAUGAUAUUGCAAAAACCAAUGUCUCUACAGUAAAAAAUAACAAAUUACAAAUGUCUGCAAAAAAAUCGAAUCACUUUGAACAUAAUGAAAUAAAAAUUCAAAAUAGUGAGAGAAUAAACAGAAAGAAAAUGAAGCAGGUAUCUAUUAAAACAGAGACACAAGUAGAAUCUGAAAAAACAUUGAAACUAAAUAAGCAUAAAAUAAAAUUAAAACGAUUAGAAAAAAUGCUUGUCAAUAAACCUAAGGCAAAAGAGGUUGUACAGUCACUUACAUUGAGAGAUAGAAUGAUGGCGCAAUUAAGAGCUUCUAGAUUUAGAUUCAUAAAUGAGACACUGUAUAAUAAUGAAAGUUCACAAUCUAAGCGAUAUUUUAAAGAAGAUCCUGAUGCUUUUAAUGCUUAUCAUGAUGGAUAUAAACAGCAACUUGAGCAGUGGCCGGUGAAUCCACUGGAUGUCAUAAUAUCAUCAGUUAAAAAAAUGCCAACAGACAAUGUGAUUGCUGAUUUUGGAUGUGGUGAAGCGCUACUUGCUGCUUCUGUUCCUCAUAAAGUACAUUCGUUCGAUUUCAUUGCUGUAAAUGACACAGUAAAAGCUUGUGAUAUGGCUCAUACUCCAUUAUUAACAAACAGUGUCCAUGUUGUUGUAUUUUGCUUGUCUUUAAUGGGAUCUAAUCUCUCUGAUUAUAUAAUUGAAGCUAACAGAGUUCUUAAAAACAAUGGUACUUUAAAGAUAGCCGAAGUCGAAAGCAGAUUUGAGAAUGUGACAAAUUUUAUAAAACUACUAACAAAAUAUGGUUUUAAAAAUACAUGGAAAGAUUCAUCUCAUGAUUUAUUUUAUUUUAUGGAUUUUAAAAAGGAAGAAGAUAUAAGUAUGAAAAAGAAAAAUCUCCCUUCAAUUACAUUGAAGUCAUGCUUGUAUAAAAAGAGAUAAAAUUUGAUAUUAUUA